AUUAGCUGUGCCUUCCCUAGUCAGUUAAGUAUGAAGGCGCGGUUGGGUUGUUCAUAGCAUAAUCGAAAAUGGCAGCCCGAAGAGACAAUACGACCGUUGCGGUCACCGGCGCCAGGCCGAAGCGGGAGGACUGCGGCCGCACCAAGCACGACUCCGCCUUCUCCGAUUGGAAGGCUCUUAUCGGACCUUCUGAUUGGGAAGACUAUUCCCUGGGGAAAGAAGGAUCAGCGAGAUAUAGAGUUCACAAUCUUCCUCCAAGUUCAAGUCCGGGAGUUUACGAGCUUGGCAUAGCUGUGACUCGCACCAAAUCAGCGCGAGAGACCAGAAAGCUCAACCCGAGCAACAUAAUCAUUGUUUACACCGGUCAAGCUGAUGGUGUUAGGACUAGGCUCCAGCAAUAUGGCAGGUCAGGUGCCCAUUUGGGCAACUGCUCCUCAACUGCUCGUGCAAAUGAUGAUUCUCAGAGCACCGUUUCUCACAAGGAACUGGGAUUGUUUAGAGAAAUAUUGUCGAGAGACUACUCUAUUGUGUUUAGAUGGGCUCCGAUGAAUAACAAAGGGGAUGCUCUAGGAAUGGAAGCUGAGCUACUAAAAACAUUUGACUAUGCCUGGAAUAAAGGUAGUAAUGGUGCACGCCGACCCCAUGAUAUUCUUCAGAAACUCGAAGAGGCUUCUUCUACCGCAUACCGUGUCUCCCGUACCUCAAAGAAGCUUCUGCCUUUCCUUCAGGAGAAAGGGGGCAUUAGGAUCCAUGGCAGAUUACCUCUUGACACCAAAACCGUAGCUCAUGCUGAAGAGGAAAACAACUUCUUUAAUGGGAUUUUCAAGUUUAACAGAUCAAACCCGAGAGUAGUUCUAGAUAGAUCCUGCUUUAAUGAGGACGAAACUGGGUUCUGCGGGGUAUAUUUGGGCAAUAGGAACAUAUGCAAAAGGCCGCCAGUUAAAGGGAGAAAGAGGUGUGCUGAGCACAAAGGGAUGAAGGUAAAUGCGCGGCCAUGGUCCGAAGUUCCUGAUCAACAUGGUAUAACGGAUCCUGGUCUGAAAAAUCUAACGUUUCACGUGGAGAAGGUUAAGUUCGGUUCGGUCAGUCUCUCUGCCGGUGAGAGCUUCACUUCUUGUGGAUUUAUCAUGGGAGAUGGGUCUUCUUGUAAAAGGCCACCAGUACAAGGGAGGCAAAGAUGCAGUGAGCACAAAGGGAGGAGAAUUGUGACACUCAAUUCCGUGUCAAGCAGGAAUCAAGAAAUAAACUAUGUGCAGAAUAAGGGUCAUAACAUUUCUGAGAAUUUUCAAGUCGGGAAAUUGGGAUUACUAUAUUCAUCGGAGACAUGCAAUGUAAGAAGCAACACCAUGACUGUAUGCGGGGUAAAUUAUGAUGAUGGCACUUUCUGUACAAGGCAACCAGCUCGGGGAAGAGUAAGGUGUGAGUAUCAUAAGGGAAUGAGGGUCAGUCGGGCCAGAAAUUAUGUUACCAGAUAAAGCUGAAUCAUCGAUAAAUCCAUACAUGCUUCGGGGAAUAAUUUAUUUCGAUUGUUUGGAAGAGGAAGCUGAUUGUACCUCUUAUAAACUCUGAGAAACACAUCUUAAACAUUGACUGAGUAUCGGAUAUAAGACAUUCGGAAGAUGUUUUUUCAGAUCA